AAUAGAAAAAAGGAAAUAAACAUCUCCAAAACCCUAGGUAGAGUAGAAGAGAAGAGUAGAUAAAACCCCCAAAUUUGGAAAAUUAACCUCCAUUAGGGUUUUAUGGCAUAUCCUUAAUUGUUCCAUCUUAUUAUACAUAGUGAAGAGAGUAGAUAUACGAUAGCCUCUGUAUAUAUACAACUAACACUCACUCUUCCCCUCCAUACAGCUUUUCUUUUUUGUAUUCUAUAUUUUCUUUUGCUCAAGCUCAAGCACUGAAGAUGGAGGCUUUGACUACUGAUAUUGUGGUGAUGGAGAGGCUUCUUACCUCCGCAAUUCAGGCUUUUGUGGUUCAAAUUUCCACUACACUUUUCAACUCCCUUGCUUACUUUCACCUCAUGACAGGAUCUUUGUCAAAUGCUACAGAAGUGCUCCCUAGAGACCCAGUGGCAUUAGAGAGGGUGUUGGUAACUGAAUGUUACAUGGAGAAGCAGUCUGAACCUGAAAACAAAGAUGGCAGUGAGGAUGAGGAUGAGGAUGAGGAUGAGGAUGAAGGUGAGGGUGAAGAUGAGCAAGAUGAUGAAGAUGCUGGAGAUGAAGAGGAUGAGGAGGAUGAAGGUAAUGAUGAUGAAGGAGACCCUGAAGAUGACCCAGAGGCCAAUGGUGCUGCUGGAAGUGGAGAAGAUGAUGAUGAAGAUGAUGAUGAGGAUGAGGAUGAGGAUGACGAGGAUGAAGAAGAGGAGGAGGAAGAGGAAGAAGAGGAGGAUGAGGAGAUUCCCCAACCGCCAGCCAAAAAGAGGAAAUGAGCAUAAUGACUCCUUGUCUGUGUGUUUUGUACUUUGAUUUCCUUUGACAAGGAUGUGACGCUGAUACAAGCAAACAUAGAAUUAGGAAGUUUGUCAGUUUUGGACAUAACUAGAAAACUCUGUUAAAGUUAAUGACUCCUGUUUAUUGUCUCUAGUUUCUGAUGAUAUGGAUAUUUCUUGUCUUGGAUUGCCCCUUGGAAUUCUUGUGUACUAUGAUGCCUUAUUUAGUUAGGCA